AUGUACAACAAUUGCAAAGAUGCAUUUGCUAUUUGCAGGUAUGCCGGAUACCCUAGCUAUUUCAUUACUAUCACAUGUAACCCAAAGUGGACCGAGAUUAAAGAUUGCGUUGCGGCCUAUUCAUUAAACCCAAGUGACAGGCCAGAUAUCAUAUCAAGGGUUUUCAAAAUCAAGUUAGAUGUCUUGAUGAAAGACUUAAAGGAUGGGUCCAUAUUCGGAAAGCCUAAAGAAAUUGUGUACACAGUUGAAUUCCAAAAGCGUGGUCUUCCCCAUUGUCAUAUUUUAUUGUUUGUUCAACCAGCCGAGAAGCCUCGAUCAUCUGAGGAUAUCGACCAUCAUAUAUCGGCUGAGAUACCCGACGAACACACACAACCUAAGCUGUACAGCUUAGUCCAAAAAUUCAUGAUUCACGGACCAUGUGGGGUUUUGAACAUGAGUAGCCCAUGUAUAGUUAAUGGGAGGUGUUCCAAGUUUUAUCCAGUACCUUUCUGUGAGAAAACAUCCAUAGACAGUGCAGGUUUUCCUAGGUAUAAACGGUCGGAUAAUGGUCGUUCAACAAGCAAGAGGAAUGUUAAUCUCGACAAUAGGUUUGUUGUCCCAUACAAUGCAACAUUGCUCCUUAAGUAUGGCUACCACAUAAAUGUUGAGUAUACUUGCCAGACGUCUGCUAUUAAGUAUUUGUUCAAGUAUGUCCACAAUGGUAAUGAUCGUGUCACAGCUUCGUUCUUCCGAUUGCAUGAUUCAGUUGGUUCUAAUGUCACUGUAGAUGAAAUCCAAAACUACUAUGAUUGUCGGUAUAUAUCAGCGUGUGAGGCAUUCUGGCGGCUAUUCGGGUUUGAGAUUCAGUACAAAAAGCCUAACGUCAUCCGCCUUCCAUUCCAUCUUCCAAAUGAACAGAAUGUUUUGUACGAAGAUCACCAGCUUAUUGAGAAUGUUAUCGACGCUGCGGUCUCAAAGGAUAGUAUGUUUAUUGGUUGGUUUAAGGCUAACAAGAAUUUUGAUCUGGCCCGUACACUGACUUACGUGGAGAUGCCAUCAUUUUUUGUCUGGGAUAAGCAGGGGUAUUUGUGGAGGCCACGGAAGCAAGGGAAUGUCAUAGGUCGUCUCACACAUAUUCCUCACUCGCAUGGAGAGGAGUACUACCUUCGUAUGUUAUUGAAUUAUCAAAAAGGGUGCCAGACAUUUGCUGAUGUGCGUUCCGUUGGUGGGGUUGUGUACGAUACAUUCAAAGAGGCCUGUUAUGCCCUAGGGUUAUUGCAGGAUGAUAGGGAAUUUAUUGAUGCACUUAAUAAAGUCAGCUCAUGGGCAUCGCCGAAUUAUAUCAGGAGAUUGUUUGCAAUGCUUUUGAUGUCGAACAACAUUGUGCGUCCUGACAUGGUGUGGGAGAAAUGUUGGCAACAUUGCGUGGACAACUCGCUUCUUUCUGGAAGACAUCACUUAGGUAAAGUUUCCGGAUUGCUUUUACUAUCUGGUUACUAUUUCGCAAUAAAUUCAUACCACUCCAUUCAAAAACGUCCGGUCUUCUCCACCUCUUGCAGUUUUCAGCGUUCUAUUCAUGAGAUUAAGUCCAUCACGCUUGCCGAAAUUGAAAAACUCUUGCAGCCGAAUGGUCGGAGCUUGAAAGACUUUCCUGACAUGCCGUUUCCUAAUUAUGCUGGUUUACCUGAACCUUCUGACACAAUCUUUUUUGAUGAGCUAAAUUUCGACAGGACAGAAUUGGCAAGUGUCACCGUGGAUUUGAUUUCCCGGUUGAAUCGAGACCAGCACAUUGUGUUCGACACAAUAGAAAAUGCAGUUCGUCGUGACGCUGGUGGUUUUUUCUUUGUCUGUGGUUAUGGUGGAACUGGUAAGACCUUUCUAUGGAAUGCGCUGUCUGCUUCGAUAAGGUCUAAGGGUGAUAUUGUCCUCAAUGUUGCAUCCAGUGGCAUUGCAGCUCUAUUGUUGCCUAAUGGGCGAACUGCUCAUUCACGCUUUAAGGUUCCGCUCAGUGUUAACUAG